CAAUUAUCUACCUAAACAGCUCAUUCGAUCUGUUGGUCUCACAUCACCUAUCCCUCACCACCAUCCAAUUCAUUCCACCUGCAGACUCACAACCUCAUAACCCCGCAUCCAAUCACCCCCUUGUCAACACCUCUAGCUUAGGCCCCUGUGAACUGCCCCGCUAGCCGCACGACAUCUCCAACACUAGAAGCCCGCUAACAGCGGUUACAACGGACACUGUAACCAAGACGUCACCACUUCCAAGACGUCGUGAUAGAAGAGAAAGGUUCGUCUCAAAACUUUGGGAAUGCUGACGGAUAAUUUCCUGAGAUCAUUCCAUCUCAAAUUGAUUCUUCAGAUGAUCUGACAGUAAGUAGAAGAGAAAUUCUCAGCAACCCGUACACCGUCCAGAUCAGAUUCUUCGGAAGCCGGUCUCAGACAAGCUGUUGCUAUUCAGCGAGACCGUUACGCAAAGAAAAAGAAAAGAAUUUCUGCUGUAAGUUCCUGCACUAUUCCAUUUUCUCGCUCCUACACCUUGCUGUACGUGCCCGUUUCAGACUCGCGCAUGGAGUCGAUAGUCUCGUUCUGAGCUGUCACCGUGUCCGAGCCGACAGGUCGCGGGCCGUAGCCGGACCAGGGCAACUCUUUUUGUUUUCGAGAGAAGCCCCGAACCACAGUUAUCACAGCCAUGGCUUGGUGAUGGACAUUCUCACCGACUUUACCACCUGCACUUUCAUGUAUUGUGCAGGUGUGGUAGCUUUCGUCCAAUGACCUCUGUGGGCUCCAAGCCAACCCCGCCGUGACCCCAAGCACGAGAUGCAUUCCUGCCCUGCCAGGGCCAUCUACAGACUGCGUAUCUUGUGAGCCCUCCGGCAGCGAGAUGGGCGGCAUGCUGUGGCGCGGGGAUCAAGCACCGUGUGUCCCACGUCAAGGGUGGCACAAGGCAGGGGGCAAAAAGUGAGAAGAGCUUCAUGGAACGACGAGAUAUCGCCAUUGUCGUUCUCGCCCAUUCGAGGCACACAGAUCAACCAGGUUUUGGAUCGUGAAAUUGACAAUCUCGCAGGUGACACCACCAAUUCCCGGCAGUCUGGACCCAAGAGAAGUCCCUCGGGAAGCACUGACCUGACAUCGAACCUGACUCGACAACGAACAUACUCCUCGGCGGACGUCCCCCAUCGUCUUACGCUUGCACGAGCUGAGCUCAUUGUUCCUACCCCGCCUCACAUUACCAAGUACCUCAGGUACCACGGUACCAGAGCAGAGAGCAGCAGACCACUGCAUCGCAGCAUCCCACUGGACCCGCCUGGCUGCAGCUGCAAGACGAAUACCUGCGUCACCGCCUCGCGAGGACCUCCCCCGCGUCCAUAGCAAGCUCGACAGCUGUUUUUUCCCGAUUUUCUUGAACAAUGGAUCAGGAUCAGCGCCCCUCCUCACCGUCGACCACCCUUGCUUCCCGCCACCAUAACGAGAACACCGACAGCUUCCCAGCGCCAACCGUCGUCCCAUCCUCGCCAUCCCAAGCCCAGAACGGGUCUGGGUCCCCCCGCUUUGCCCGUCAACUGGCCUCGUCCCCAGCUGCGAUCCAGGAACAGGAAAGAGCUAUAAGCCCUUUGUCCUCCCCCGUUGCUCCCUCCACUCUCGCUCAACCUCAACAAUCUUCUUCCUCUGAUCGUGCCAGUUCUUUGUUUGCAAAUCCACACGAGCAGAGCUCAGAUCAUACACAUACAAAUAAUCGAUCCCAUCCCGAUCAUUACAACCACAAGAGUCUUCGUCCUGUCGUACACGCUGUCAACGCAGCCAUGGCGUUCGAAAAGGGACGCAAGUUCUCCACGGGCACUUCGGUGCACCGCAAGCGCCAGAUGAGCACAUUGGUGGAGAAGGAAGGUCACUUUGGUCCUGCCCUCACCACCCUCUACCUCGGUGUCUCGGCCGUCUUCUCAGACGACCACACGGCCGUUGUAGCCCUGGCAAUUCACGACACAGUCUAUCUCGUGGACUUUUCCGUCAAGCAUAUUAUGCUGGACGACGCCAUGAAGAUGGGGGCCGAUCUGAUUGCUGACUACGUGAUUGCCGAAGUGGAAAAGUACGAGCACGAGAACUUUGCCAAGUUUAUCGGUGCUGGUCUGCCCACGACGCUCAAGUACAUGAGCCCGAGCUUGUGCUCGAGGCUGUGGCUGGAGCUGGAUAUUGUGCCGAUUGUGAUGCGGCCGGACGAUGAGCACAAGGAGAAGUCGUUUUGGGAUGUGAAGAGGGUGGACGAGCAGGCUGAUUCUAUGGCGCGGAAGUGUAUCAUGAACUUCGGCCCCUCUCUUGUUCCUCUUCUUCACGUUGGCUGGCGAGGAAUUGUCCAGACUGAUGCUGGCUUCCGAGCCCACCUUACAACAGUCCAGAACCACAAGGACACUUGCAGCCAUGCUACGUGGGAGACCAUGUUGACGUAUGCAAAGAAGCUCCGCGCGAACAAGACCAAGAUUGCCUUCUUCAGUUCCACACCUCAAGGUGGUGGUGUGGCUCUGAUGCGUCACGCAUUGGUCCGUUUUGCCCGUCUCAUGGGGGUGGACUUGACUUGGUAUGUCCCCAAGCCUCGUCCUGGUGUCUUCCGUAUCACCAAGAACAUCCACAACAUUCUCCAGGGUGUGAGCCACCCCGACCAACGAAUCUCGGCCGAGGAGAAGCAGUCCAUCAUUGACUGGAUCACCGACAAUGCGAACCGUUACUGGUUCUCUGAGGGUGGGCCACUGUGCUCGCCCGCGGACGGUGGUGCUGAUGUUGUCAUUAUUGACGACCCGCAAAUGCCCGGCCUCAUCCCCCUGAUCAAGAAAGCCACUCCUGACCGGCCCGUCCUCUACCGCUCCCACAUCCAGAUCCGCAGCGACCUGGUCGCCAAGGCCGGCUCGCCCCAAGCCGACAUCUGGGACUUCUUGUGGUCCAACAUCCAAGGCGCAGACAUGUUCAUCUCCCACCCCAUCCCCAUCUUUGUCCCCCACACUGUCCCCCGAGAGAAGGUCGUCUACCUCCCCGCAACAACCGACUGGCUCGACGGCCUGAACAAGCACCUCAACAAGUGGGACAGCGGUUACUACGGCCACAUCUACAACGUGGCCUGCCACUCGCAGCGCAUGACGGAGCUGAACUGGCCAGCGAGGAAGUAUAUCAUUCAAGUUGCGAGAUUUGACCCUGCGAAGGGCAUCCCUACCGUGAUUGACUCCUAUGCCGAAUUCCGUCGCAGGUGUGACAAGCAAGGGCUCACCGAUGUGCCUCAGUUGGUGGUUUGUGGAAACGGGUCCGUCGACGACCCGGACGCGAGCCUGAUCUAUGAUCAGACCAUGAGCCAGCUCGAGACGUACUACCCUGACCUGAUCAAGGAUGUGAGCGUCAUGAGGCUGGAUCCGAAUGAUCAGCUGAUCAAUACCCUGCUUGCCAACGCGCACAUCGUGCUGCAGUUGUCAACUCGGGAGGGUUUCGAGGUCAAAGUUUCGGAAGCACUUCAUGCGGGUAGACCGGUGAUUGUGACUGCCACGGGGGGCAUUCCGCUGCAGGUCAAGGACAAGGUGAAUGGGUUUUUGGUCCAACCGGGGGAUUGGAAGGCGGUGGCGGGGCACUUGAUGGAGCUCUUUACGGAUGAGGAGCUGUGGAAGAAGAUGAGCCAUGCUGCUGCCACGGGGGUGUCGGAUGAGAUCGGGACCGUGGGCAACGCGCUCGGGUGGUUUUAUUUGGCGGCCAAGUGGAACGAGGUGGGCGUGGAAAAGCAUGGGAAGGGGGGGCUGAAGGGGAAUGAGAAGUGGGUGAAUGAUAUGGCGAGGGAGGAGGCGGGUUUCCCGUACGCGGAGGGGGAGAAUAGGUUGCCGAGGCACUUUACGCAGAGCAAGGAGGUGCCGGUGCAUAGCAAGUAAGAAGAAAGGGUUUGAUACCGCGAUGGAAGAGGGUUUUAGGAACAAAUAGCAUGGACUUUUGUGUCAGAUGAAUAUACCGCCUCUGCUUUACACGUCUAAUUAUUUGGGUUGAAUAUC